CGGCUGGGUCUCACUUGAAAGCAGCCAAGCUUUGGAGGCAAAUUUUCUUUGGGGGAGGUCGUUUGAGAAGUUUUACAGAGCAAGUCUUCCGUGACGAUAGUCAUUUUAUGGUGUGAAGGUAGAAGUUUUGCUGAAGAAUCUAGUGACGCUCGGUAGAGAUAUUUUUUUUUUGAAAAUCAAAGUUUUCUGUUUACUUUUGUGCCAAACAAACAAAGUAAGCGUCUUCCGUGGAAGAGUAAACCAAACGAAUCGGAUUGUUUAGUUGAAGCGAUUUCAACCGGAAUAAAUGAGCGAAACAAUUGAAAGAAGAAGAUUUUUAGCAGAUUAAGGCCCCACAAAAGUCAAUUUACAGAAUUCAAGAUGAUGACCAGGAGAAAAUCGAUUCACGAAUCCCUUGUGACACAACAAAAUCAAAACAAGCAAAAAGAGGGACAGCCGGAAGUGGCGGACGGGAAGAAGACUCCCGGUCCAGGAAAACAAAUGCAACCCCGCAAGCGCAUCAACCAGCGGCGAGUCUCGGAAGCUGCUCCGGGAACCCUUCAGAACGGCACUAAUGGCCACCAAGCUCCCGUUAACGGGCUGGACGCCGACGACAUCCCCAAGUUCAAGGGCUACCGCAUCAUCGAAAUCGAUCACUUCCUGCAGUGGUCCGCGUACUCGCAGUUUAUGCACUCCAAGCACUGCCCCGGCGGAUUGCUGAAACCGUACCAGGAGUACGUGAGCGGCUGCUACUCCACGUUCGCCAUGAAGUGCAGCAAGUGUUCGGCCAUCAUCACGCGCUCCUCGGAGAACUACAUCCACCACAACAAGCUAAUGAACCGACUCGUCAAGGGCUCCGUCCAAAUGGGCAAGGACUACGACGAAAUGUCCAACUUUAUGGAAUCGCUCGAGGUCCCGUUCGUCACCAAGGACGAGUUCAGCUCAAUCAAGUCCCAGAUGCAGCUCAACUCCUCCCUGGACGAUCAGUCCUCGCUGCAGAAGGCCGUCGAAGAGCUGGAGCGCGCGUCUAUAGCGUCGAAGCGAAAGCGGCACGGCAGCUGCAAGUACCACUACGAAGUGCUGAAGGUCUACCUGAACAAAAAGAUGCGCAAAAUCGAGGAGAACCUGCAGCUCUCGGUGAACGACUCGGUGGCGCUGGCCGUCAACGCACACCUCAAAAACGUCUCCCACGUCCAGCUUGCCCCAACCAGUCCAAACAACGCCACGGCCGGCACGAGCGGCGCGUCCUCCCUCGCCGCCAGCCAAAGCAAUCGCUUCGGGGCGGGCUUCUCCAAUGGACCUCCCGCGACCACCAGCUCCUCGGGGAAUCUCUUCAUACAGCAGCCGUAAUCUUUUACCCAGUCGAAACGCAUAUUUUUCUACACGAUCUCCACAAAACAGUUCGAUUAAGCAUUUUUUGUACAUAUCGUCGAGAUCUAUUUUAAGCAAGUCGUAGCGAGUUUGAGAAGUUGUGCCACACAAAUUAUCGUUCAGCAAAACCAGCCAGUAUUCCUAACCUAGAAUAUCGUAUACUUCCUCAGGAUUUGCUUCCCAAAUAUGAUUAAAUGUUAGACCGGACGCGUCGUUUUCAGAUGAGAAUUUAGGUUUAGAGACGUGUCCCGACUUUGCAUAGUGAACGAUGUCGUUGCAUUUGUAUUUUUUUUGCUUCUUUUUUUUUUAGAAUGCGCGCGCGAGAUUUCCUAGGAUUAGCGCUUUGAUGUUGUGUACAAACCACGAUCGGAAGAGAGUUAUUCAAUAAAAUAUUGUGACAAAAAGCGAAUAUCAAGUUCGUAGAAUCAAGUUUUAUUAAUCGUUCAACUCUGCCUCAAAUAAAUAGUAAAUCUUCAAUUUUUAUGUACGACUCUUAGAUCAUGCUGCUUUAGAAGCCACUCCUCUCCCAUCAUCGCUUCGAUUGCCUCGCUCACAGGAAGGUCAGCCCAGCGGCCAGCACGCCCGAAACCAGCAGCAUCGUGUACCCGGUCGUGUACACC